AUGAAGCAUGUAGCAUUCUUCGGCGGCACGGGUCGGACCAUAUUCAACAGUCUUUGCCACGCCCUUCUGGACGAAACCAUCUUUUGCCACGUCCUUAUUCGGGAUACAGACAAGCUGAAGGCUUUGCUUGUCAGCUCGAUGCCUGACCUCGCACGCGAAUACUCUCUUCGUCUUCGCGUUGUUCAAGGGGACAUCUUGAGCUACGACGACGUCGCAAACGUUCUAUUCCCGCCUCAGACAUUGGAGGAACCUGUGGAGGUCAUCAUAUUCGGAAUAUCCGGCUUCAAAAUGACUGCAGGGACCACAGAGCAUUCUAAGUCCGACGACACUUUGAGCGAAGAUGCCGCGAGAGCCAUCAGAGAUGUCCUAGAUCUGGGAUAUGAGAAAUACAGCAACGGGUUGCCUACAACCCCGCCCCGAUUUGUUGCCUUGGGCACUCUGGGGGUUGAUAGCGCUUUCUGGGCGACCUCUGAUCCGACUGCUAUCAAGUUGAGACGUAGCUGCCGGUGGUUCUACGACAAUUCCUUCCACGAGGAUUUGUACGGGAUGGAAAAACUUGUGGCUAUCGAACUUGGUGAGCUUUGCCGCAACACGCUGGUUGUCCGGCCUGGGUUUCUCACCGACGACGACCCAAAGGUAUUCAUCGUCCACAUCGGUACCGUCAUGAGCCCGCCAUCGGGUUUUACCAUCAGCAGAAAGACUUUAGGCGAGUGGUUGUUCCGGCAUGGCGUCUUUGGUAACUUGCAAGGCAUCAUCAGUAUCACCGGCUCUUGA